AUGGCCUCCUCGAAUACCACCGGCACAUACUCCUCCUCCUCCGCACUCUUACCCUCACCUUCCGCCAGUCAACCCUCCAGCCAACCCUCCCAAGACUUCCCUUCACAACCACAACAUCGACACCGAACCUCAACUUCGUUACCGCAAUCACAAGCACCAACUUCGCAAUCACAACUCCAAUCACAAUCACAAUCACAAUCACAACAACAACCUCAACAACAACAACAACCAGGGCAAGCACAGCAGUAUGGGCAGGAUCCCAGUCAAGGCAAGAGCAAGGAUUUUUGUCUGAUAGCGGAGGCGGCGAAGAGAGCGCAGAUGGCUUGUUUGAUGAGAGAUAUGGGCGAGGUGGCGUUUGUAUUACUGCUUGGUCUCUCAAAAAUGCUGUCGCUCAUGCGGAGAUUUUCCCGACACCAUGUUACAGAUGCAAGCAUCAUUCGAAAUGACUCACGAAAAUGUUUACUGGAUUACGCCGAACAGGAAGACAUCGAUGAGAAGUCUGUAUGGGAAACGAAUUCGGACACGACGCAGGACAAAGCUACGCAGGUCACCGAGUCAACACUGCGGGCUAAGGAUGUCCAAAUACCUGAAGCUUCUUGUCCGCUUGAAAUGCUUCCUUUGGAAAUAAUCCGACACAUCUUUGGGAUGCUGGACGUUGUCUCGCUCAUUUGCCUUAGAAUGACCAGCCAGCGGCUGCGUCAUCUCGCCAUUGUCAAAAGGCUGCAGCUCCACCGGUGUAUAAUGUGGAGAGUCAAGUGUCUGUUAGAGAAAGACUCGAGGGCUAAAGGCGUUCCUUUACCUCAAAGGCUCGUGUGUGCCUUCUGCAAACGCACACAUCAUCAAAGAAUGUUCGGCUUACCUGGGUCUGAUGUGGGAUAUGGGAUUGAGUGCUUGAAUAUGACAAAAAGCGAUCCAGAAAUUCGGCAUUGUUGGCUUCAUAUGCCGAAGAGGUUCUGCUACUCUCCAACAUUUCGAGAUUCUCAACAGGAGAAUUGGGCUCGAUCCUUGGAACGAGAGCGCUGGAUCCGCACACUUCAUAUGACGUGUCUACAUUGCGGUACACGACUGGAGAAGAACGUCCACUCAGGAGAAGAAGAAUGCCCUGCUUGUACGCGCAAAUGUGAUGUAUGUGGAUACAUCGAGCUCCCCAUCCUCAGCAGGUUCGGUCCGGAACGUCGGUUCGAGAGCUUCAAGUGUCUACGACUGGUCAAAAGAAAGAAAGCCGGAUUUAUGUUGGAGAUGGAGGAUCGCAACAGCAUUGGCCGAGAGCCCAAGGGCGUCAAGUAUUCCCGACAUUCCUUCAUCGACACUGAUGUCAGCGAGAAUGACUUAUACUGCGCAUCACGAAAAUGA